CACACACUUCUCUCCAUCGCCAUGCCGGCCAGACCCCGCCCGCGCCCCUCGGCCGCGACCGGGCCCCGCGAGGUCGCGGACAUCAUGCUCGGCUGGCUCGGCCAGGAGCUCGUCUCAUGCACGCCCCUGCAGACGCUGUGGGCGGGGUACGGGCAGAUCGUGUUUGUGACCGCGCGCUCCUCCUCGUCUCGGGACACGUCGCGGUAUGUCCUCAAGCUCAUCUCGCCGCCGCCAGGGAACGACGAAGGACACGUGCGCAAGUUGCUGAGCUACGAAGUCGAGCAGGCGUUCUACGCAACCGUCGCGCCGACGCUGGACGUGCCUGUCGCGCACUGCCUCGCCUCGACACACGGCAUGGAAGGCCGCCCCGGCGCAGACCAGCUGCAAGGCGUCACAGCCAUGCUCCUUUCGGACCUCCGGCCCGACUACCCCGUUGCGGGGGGGAAGCGGGGCGUGCUCUCCGAAACGGCGGUGCACGCCGCGCUCGACUGGCUCGCGCGCUUCCACGGCGCCUCUCGAGGCGCCGUCGGGCGCCACGAGCUUGGAGGCUACCUCCUCCCGCCGCUGGAGGAGGCGAGGCGGCGCGAACGCGGCCCGGGCGGGUCAAAGCUCUGGCUGAAUGGCGGGUACACAUACCUCGCUACGCGGCGGGGUGAGCUCGCCGACCUGGCGGACAGCGAUUCGGAGUGGAACGCGGCAUUCUGCGCCCGAGACGAUGCGCUGGGCUGCAGCGUCGCCGAUGCCGUCGCAGCCGUCCUUACGCCGAGCGGGAGAGCCGCAGAGAGCGUGAUCCACGGCGACGUCAAGUCAGAGAACCUGUUCACGACGCGGAAGGGCGAUGCAGUCGCCUUCUUCGACUUCCAGUAUGUCGGGCUCGGCCUCGGCGUCUGCGACCUCGCCAAGCUUUUCACGUGCUCCGUGCCCGAAGACAUGCUGGCCAACGACGUCCCGCACGCCCUCGGCAUGCAGGCUGGCGAGCAGGUGCUGCUGGAACGGUACCGUGACGAAGUGUUGCGCGCGCAGCGUGCGGGCAAGGCAGGGCGCGAGGCAGAGUAUGCGUGGAGCGAAAUGGUGCGACACUGGGAGACGGCGCUCGUCGACUGGUGUCGCUUCCAGGCAAGUUGGGGAUUUUGGGGGAACACUGAAUGGCUCGAGGCCCGCGUGCGGCAUAUUCUUGCUGACGCGGGAUGGCGUAAGUGGUUGAUGGAGGAGCUGCGGGCUUGUAAGUAAAUGAAUAGACACGUACGUACAUGUAAUUAGAAGCGAGGUGACGUCUUGUGAGCGG